AUGAUCCGGACUGGUUUGAUACAAGAUAUCUUCUUGGUUAGCCGGAUUAUUGCUUUUCUUACCAAUCCAUCUGCGUAUCUCAAUAUGCACUAUGCUCGUCACAUAUUUGAUCAAAUACACCACCCGAACGAGUUCAUAUGGAAUUCCAUGUUCAGGGGCUACACCCAAGGUCGAGCUCCAAGAGAUGCACUAUUACUUUACAAGCAGAUGCUUCUCCAUGGGUUUUCUCCUGACAAUUACACAUACCCAAUUGUAACCAAAGCUUGCUCUCAUCUUUGUGCGCUUCAAACUGGUAAACUUCUUCAUGGGCAGAUUGUUAAACUUGGGUUUCAAUCGGAUGUAUGUAUAAUGUCUGGCGUUAUCAGUUUUUAUGUGAGUUGUCGGAGAAUCAGUGUUGCAAGAGAAAUAUUCGAUGAAAUGCCUGAAAGAGAUGUGGUUGCAUGGACAACAAUGAUAUCGGGUUAUUCUCAGUUGGGCUGUUCUGAGGAAUCCUUCCUUCUGCUAGAUGAGAUGGAAAGGACAGGUGUCAAGCCAAACAACAUCACCAUCAUGAGCCUACUUUCGGCAUGUGGGAAUCUCCAAGCUCUUGACAGAGGCCGGUGUCUCCAUUCUUAUAUUCUGGAGAAUAACAUGGAACAUGAAACGGUAAUUGCUAAUGCACUCAUCAACAUGUAUGCCAAGUGUGGAAUCAUGUCAUGUGCGCUGGAAGUUUUUGAAACGACCCCCAUGAGAAAUGCAGUUACAUGGAAUACUUUGAUCAGUGGCUUCAUUCAGAAUGGCCUCCCUACAGAAGCAAUGAGGCUGUUUCGAGAAAUGGAGUGCUCAGUUGUAAGACCCAAUGAGAUCACAGUUGUAAGUGCUUUGUCAGCUUGUGCACAAAUGGCUGAUUUUGAACAAGGAAAAAUACUUCAUUUGUACAUAAAGGAAAAGAGGUUUAACCAUGAUGUCUUUGUAGGAAAUGCUCUUAUUAACAUGUAUUCAAAGUGUGGGGAUUUGGAUGGAGCUAUGUGUGUAUUCCAUCAAAUGCCAGACACAGAUGUUAUUUCAUGGACAACGUUGAUAACUGGCUACGUGCAUGGAAGCAAGUUCAAAGAGGCCUUGGCAAUCUUUCAGGAGGUGCAGCUCUGUGGAGUCAAAGCAAAUGAAGUUACUUUGGUUAGCUUGUUAUCAGCUUGUUCACAGAUUGGAGCAUUGGGUCAAGGCAAACUCAUUCAUGCUUACAUUGAAGAGCACAAUGUGAAGCAAGAUCUGUGUCUAGGAAAUGCAUUGAUUGAUAUGUAUGCCAAGUGUGGAUGCAUUGAAAGUGCAUUAUGGGUAUUUCAUGGUAUGUCUUGUAAAGAUACUUUUUCGUGGAAUGCAAUGAUUGGAGGGCUUGCCAUGCAUGGGCAUGGAAAAGUAGCCAUUGAUCUCUUUACCCAAAUGCAAAGGAUAGGGGAAACCAUACCUGACGAUGUCACCUUUAUAACUGUUCUCAGUGCAUGUUCUCAUACAGGUAUGGUUCUCGAAGGAUAUCACUACUUCAAAUCCAUGUCUAGCUUAUAUGGCAUCACGCCAAGCAUCGAGCACUAUGGAUGUAUGGUGGAUCUCCUCAGUAGAGCGAGCCUCUUAGAAGAAGCAAGGAAAUUUAUUGUAAACAUGCCGAUAGAACCUAAUUCAGUCAUUUGGGGAUCUCUGCUUUCUGCUUGUCGUUUCCAUGGUAAGGUUGAACUUGGGGAGAAAGUUGCUGAACAAAUCCUCAAGUUGACUCCUGAUGACAAGGGUGUAUAUGUGCUUCUUUCAAACAUGUAUGCUAACCUGGGUAGGUGGAAUGAUGCGAAAAGAGUGAGAACUAAGAUGGAAAAUACAGGAAUUGAGAAGUCCCCUGGAUGCAGUUCAAUUGAAGUGAAUGGUGUUGUUCACGAAUUUUAUGUGGGGGAAAUAGCGUAUGAUAAAUCUAGUCUUACAUAUUUAGUUCUCAAUGGAUUGAUGCUUCAAUCAAAAGAGUUGUUCUAUCAAUGA